AUGAUUUCAAGCCUUGCUCUUAUGAUGCCUCACCAUGCUGUUGGCAAUAACAUCUCUCUCCCUCUCCCUAUCUAUAGCUUUGGAGUGCUCAUCCUGGUGGUGCUCACUGGUCGUACUCACAUUGCCGAGACUGCAGCGGGGAGCAUGCACGUCCUACCUUGGGUGGAGGAGUGCCUGUCAAAAGGGGACCUGGCGAGUCUGAAGAGCCCCGGCAUGGACGCCCCAGAGGAGGUGUUGCUGCGCCUCACUCAGCUGGCAAUCAGUUGCACGGUGGCACGCACGGCAAAUCGGCCGACAAUGGGAGAUGUUGCCAACGAGCUGCAGGCGGCCAGGAACGAAGUGGGGGGAAAGGAGGAGGUGCGUGCGGCAGUUAAAGUGGAUGCGGAGGAUGAGGAGAGGAUGGGUGCAAACAAAAUACACCUAGGCCUGGAUGAAGAAUUAGACCUCAUUCACGCUGUUGCGUGA